AUGUCAAGUAAACUUUCAUGUAAAACAUAUAUAACGGAUGGAUUUAAUAACAAACGCCGUAGAUGCAAAAAACCAUGGUGGAAUGAAGAACUAACCGUUUUAUGGAAUUGUGUUUGUAGUGCAGAAAAAAUAUGGCUUAAAGCAACCUGUAAUAAAAGUACGUUACGUCAUAAUUAUGUCCAAAAGAGGAAACAUUUCGAUAAAGCGUGUCAACGUGCCAAACGCCAAUACUGGUAUAGUAUGCAAGAUGAAUUAAAGAAUUUAGAAGAUAACCCAAAAGAAUUUUGGAGGAAAAUCGGGAAAAUUGGAGUAGGAAACAACAGGCAAAGUAUUCCAAUGGAAGUGAAAAUGGAAGAUAAUUCAAUAUGUACCGAUCCGAAAAUUGUUUUAGAUAAAUGGAAAUGUGAUUUUUCAAAUAUGUUGAAUUCUGGAAAUUUAUAUGAAACUAUCGAAAAAGAUGCUAAUAGUUGCAUAAUAACCGAUGAUAUUCUUGAUAGUGAAAUAACCAAUGAAGAAGUUGUCAAAAUUUUAAAAUUGUCAAAAGCGGGAAAAUCUCCUGGUUGUGAUGAAAUUCCGAUGGAGAUGUAUAAGAAUCAGACAGCUAUAAACGCCCUUACUCAAGUGUUCAACAUUUGUUAUAAUACAGGAAUGAUACCGGAGCUAUGGAGUAGAGGAAUAAUCACCCCGAUACCGAAGAGUUCGACUUCCGACCCUCGGGACCCGAUGUCUUACAGAGGAAUAACAUUGGCGCCAACUUCAUAUAAACUGUAUUGCGGAGUACUGAAUUCAAGAUUAACUGUAAAGCUUGAUGAUCUAAAUUUUAUACAUGAUGAACAAAAUGGUUUUAGAUCUAAUCGUAAUACUAUUGAUCAUUUGUCAACAAUUACAACGUUAACUAUUAUUGAAACAAGAAAAAUGUGUAAAAUGUCAACUUUUGCAGCUUUUAUUGAUUUCAAGAAAGCAUAUGAUACUGUAAACAGAUUUUUAUUAUUUUGUAAACUUGAGUCAAUAGGAAUUAGUAGUAAAAUGUUGAAUGCUUUAAAAUCUUUAUAUCAUAAAGUACAGUCAUGUGUUAAAGUUAAUGGGAAUUUAACCCAAUGGUUUGAUGUUCAAUGUGGUUUAAAACAAGGACCACCUUCUUUUCCAAGGUCUAUUUAUACAUUUAUGCUGGGUAAUGAUAAUAUUGAAAUUGUAAUACAAUAUACUUACCUUGGUUUACAUCUUAAAGAAUUUUUAAAUUAUGAUUUAAUGGCAAAAGCUAUUGCCAAGUCGGCAAGUAAACUCUUGGGUUAUUGA